CGGCGGGGCCGAGCGGCGCCGCCAGCGCCGGGCCGGGCUCGGGCUGGGCCGGAGCUGAGCUGGGCAGCGGGGACCGGGACCUGCUCCCCCGCAGCAGCGGGGCUGGGGUCCCUCAGCUCCGCGCUGCCGCUCUCCUUCUGCAGCGGGAGCGGAGAUGCUGCUUGCCCGCAGCCGCCUGGGGCUACUGCUCCUCGGGGCGCUCCUCACUGUCCUCCUGUACCUCUGGCUGCCGGCCGCCCGGCGCUCCCGGUCUCACGAGGGGCAGCCGGGCUGGCGGCUGGGGCUACUGCUCCUCGGGGCGCUCCUCACUGUCCUCCUGUACCUCUGGCUGCCGGCCGCCCGGCGCUCCCGGCCUGACGAGGGGCAGCAGGGCUGGCGGGCGGCCAACGGCACCGUGCGCACGGAGAUGGCUGCGGGCGAGCUCCCCGUGUUCUACAGGGAGGUUCCCGCAGCUGCGGGCCCCGGGAGGCCCGAUGUCCUGUUCCUGCACGGCCAGGCGUUCACCUCCAAGACGUGGGAGGCCUUGGGCACGCUGGCACUGCUCGCUGGAGAAGGCUACCGUGCGGUCGCCAUAGAUCUGCCUGGCUACGGGGAUUCGCCCCCAGUGGACAUGGUGGUGACGGCACAGGGCCGGGGGGCUUUCCUGGACCAUGUCCUCUGGGAGCUGGGCAUGCAGAGGCCUGUUCUCGUCAGCCCCUCCAUGAGCGGCCGCUUUGCCCUGCCCUUCCUCCUGGCACACGGGGACCAGCUGGCCGGCUUUGUGCCCAUCGCGCCCGUGGGCACCAAGGACUACACUGCUGAGCAGUACCGGCGAGUCCAGACACCCACCCUGAUCCUGUAUGGUGACCGUGACACCAGGCUGGCUCCCCAGGCCCUGCAGAACCUCCAGCACCUCCCUGAGCACCGUGUGGCCGUGCUGGCUGGUGCUGGCCAUGCCUGCUACCUGGACAAGCCAGAGGACUUCCACCAGGCCCUGCUGGGCUUCCUGCGCCAGCUGAAGUGAGCACUGCCUCCUCCCUGCCAAGCAGAGGGCCUGGGGCGUCCGAGGGACUGGGAGGCACAAACAGCGGGCAUGAGGGGUGCUGUUCCCUCCGGGCACAUUCCCAGCACGGGCAGGGGGACGACUGGAGCUGUCCCUUGCUGGCAGGACAGGGUGUCGUCUGUCACAAGGCCAAUAAACUGAUGCUGCUCUGGU